GCGUCGGAGACGCUCGCUUCGCCGCUAUCUGCUCUUCGCUGAGGAGCCAGGGCAGCCAUGGUCUCAGACGGUGAGGGCAGCGGAGAAGAUGAAUUGAAUCUUCUGGUUAUCAUAGUUGAUACCAAUCCAAUUUGGUGGGGAAAGCAAGCAUUAAAGGAAUCUCAGUUUACUUUAUCCAAAUGCAUAGAUGCUGUGAUGGUGCUGGGAAAUUCCCAUUUAUUCAUGAAUCGUUGCAACAAACUUGCUGUGAUAGCAAGUCACAUUCAAGAAAGUCGAUUCUUAUAUCCUGGAAAGAAUGGUAGACUUGGAGACUUCUUUGGAGACCCUGGCAACCCUCUUUCUGAAUUUAAUCCCUCAGGGAGUAAAGAUGGAAAAUACGAGCUGUUGACAGCAGCAAAUGAAGUUAUUGUUGAAGAGAUCAAAGAUCUAAUGACCCAGAGUGACAUAAAGGGUCAAUAUACAGAAACUCUGCUGGCAGGAUCCCUCGCCAAAGCCCUUUGCUAUAUUCAUAGAAUAAAUAAGGAAGUUAAAGAUAAUCAGGAAAUGAAAUCAAGGAUUUUGGUGAUUAAGGCUGCAGAAGACAGCGCAUUGCAGUACAUGAACUUCAUGAAUGUCAUCUUUGCAGCACAGAAACAGAAUAUUUUGAUUGAUGCCUGCGUUUUAGACUCAGAUUCAGGACUCCUCCAACAGGCUUGUGACAUCACAGGAGGACUGUACUUGAAAGUACCUCAGAUGCCCUCCCUUCUACAGUAUUUACUGUGGGUUUUUCUUCCCGAUCAAGAUCAGAGAGCUCAGUUAAUCCUCCCACCCCCAGUUCAUGUUGACUACAGGGCCGCUUGCUUCUGUCACCGAAAUCUCAUCGAAAUUGGCUAUGUCUGUUCCGUGUGUUUGUCAAUAUUCUGCAAUUUCAGCCCUAUCUGUACCACAUGCGAGACAGCCUUUAAGAUUUCUCUUCCUCCUGUACUGAAGGCCAAGAAAAAGAAACUAAAAGUGUCUGCAUGAUAGUAAAGUGUUUUCCUCAUCUUUUAGAAAAUAGGAUUUGUAUGGCAGAAUCUUUGUUGGUAAGACUCUGAAAAAAUGUAUAUAUAUAUGUAUAGGAUAAUUUGUAAUGUACUGAGUUUCUGACAGGGAAUAUUUCUAAAACAGCAUUCUCAUCCUAUGCUCAUGGGGACUAAUUUGUUUGAGGAAAUCAUUCUAUGCAGUACCUCUGUAUCCUAAAAGCUCUGACUGGUUUUUGUACAAAAGGUGGGAAGAAAGCACAAAUUUGUGACUUUUUUUUUUUAAAUGGGGGAUGAUCAUUUGUCAGAGUUAGCCUAUCAUAACUAAUUAUAGGCUUUAGAACCUAUUAAUUACCCAUUUGAAAUUUGAACACAACUUUGGAAAAAGUGACUAUUUACUUUUAUUCAGAUCUUACUUGAAUAAACAGUUAACUUCCACAAUGGUCAUGUAAUCCUUAUUGUCUAAAUUGUGAUUUAGCUUCAGAUAUGAGCAGAUAUUUAUUCUUUUGUCCAAUAUCAGUACAUGUUUGAACAAAGUUAUCCAAAUAAUAAUAAUAGUUUGCCACCAUAUAACUACAAAAUCUAAUUUUAAGUGAGGACAAGAUAGUAAAUUUUUCUUCAAAAACAGCUGUGUGAAAAGCUUACUUGUGAAAGCUAAUCUCCUGUUGUGAGGGGGAGUUUACUGGGGAAAAUGGACUCUAUGUUAAAUAUUGUUCCCAGAUAGAGUUCUUUCCUUUUUUAAUGGGAAAAUAACCCCAUUAAUAUUGGAGGGCUGUUCUCUAGAAGCUUUGAAUUGAAUGCUGAAAACUUUCAUAAGUUCAAAAGAAAAAUUAUUUGUUAUUUCAUCAGUAAAAAAUUUAUUUUUCUAUGUAAACUUGAAAUUGUUGAAAGUUCUUUUAAGUUCCAGCAUAGUGUAAAAAGGGUUUCAGGAAUGGUGGCCAGUUUGGUUUGUUUCUAAAAGUAUAUUGACAAAAAUCCAUUUGUGUAUAAAACCUUAUAUGUAAAUAAAAUUUUAAUUUUCUGUUUAUACCAUCUCAGAAACUGAGUCGUAUUUCAAUAGUUUGGUGUUUGGUUAGAUAAUUUCAGGUAGAUUUUGUAUUCUAGAUUUGCAGUUUUGCUAACAAAUACACAAAAUUUUGGC